AGCUUAAAUGCAGGAGCGAAAUGAGUUUAACAACCAUUUUCAGUGAUUUGUGUAGGUUGUUACAGUCAAGGUAGAGAAGAUUUCGAAGCGCUUUUAAAUGAACCCCACACUAUCCCUUCAGGCAAAAACAUUUAGCUGAUAGCGACGCUCAUAACAAGGGGUUGACGUAUCCGUCGAUUGGCCCUGUUGUCGAAUGCUUUGUUGGAGUAUGCUAAUCACCGUCUCCGAACUCAUUCACUGUAAUCCUUCGAGCAAUUUUGGAUUCCAUUGACAGUUUUUGAGCAUAUCCCGACAUUCUUCUAGGUCAGAUUGCCUACUUUGGUGAAGAAAUAACAUUCUCCCGGAGAUUUUCUGCUUGCCUCACCGAUUAGGAAACACACACCCACACACACUUAUAUAUAUAUAUAUAAUAAAUAAAAGAAGCCCAAUUCGCCUAAUUUACCAGUCGUUAGUCUUCGAAUGUGGAAUGCUUCGGCCUCUUCAACGAGUGCCAUGCCAAGAACCGGACGUUGAAUGGCGGUGCUUUGCGAUCAUUUCAACGGAUCCAUCAAUAGUUGGAAAUGGGUUAAAGCAGUUGGGGAUCAAGGAACGGAGAGGGGCAGAUUACUAGGGUGUAACUGCCCAAUUCCGUUGAACCAGGUUGCAUGCGGCAGUUACCCAGUCCGAGGUACAACCACAAUUCUGACCUCUGUACCGUCAAUGGCACUGUUCUCGCCCUCGUUUGUUGUCACCGCUUCACUGCAAGGGUUUCAAUGCCAGAUCUUUAAGGAACUGAAUAGCACACAGACAAGGAGCUUAUGACAUGGAACUUCCUAGUGAAUGUCCCACAGAUGCACCUCCAUUCUUCACGCGAGGAAUAAGUGGUCGCCACUUACACGGAAGCUGCCUCUGAUAGCCAAUGGAGCUUGAAUUAUGGUCGAAAUUAUUUUGCUACACACUGUGAUACCCACGCGGUAACUGCCUAGGAUUGGUAGCGUUCACGAGCAAUCACUGUAUGAACACGAGUAGUUGGGUGAAUAGACAAGGUACAUGAGCUGUUUGCAGGAUGAUGAUCCAUGGAGUCUGCCUCUACUGAAUGUACUCAUGAUGCUGCAUCCGACUGCGGCUGGUCGCUCAAAAAGCUUAAACCACAUAAAGUGCAAGCUAGCCGAGCCCUCAAGCUGCGCGGCGGUCCGGAGGAGCAAGACCGACACUCACGGCGCUCGGACGUUGAUCAUGCGCUGAUAGACCACCAACAACAUCUGCGAAGACUUAAACAAAGCCGAGCUGACAUCGCUGGCUCACACUCUUCACCUCCUCGGCGCCAGCGGCUUCCUCCAGAUGUUGAAAAUGGCCUUCCUACCACCGCGUGGGACUUCUCCAGGCCUCUGACUUCCAAGCUGGUUGAGAGAGACGGCAGCCAUCAAACUGGCCAUGGAUUAACAUGGUCCAGAGCAAGCACCCAGGUGGGUAAAGGCGCUACAACCAAGAAGCAACAUCAAAGGCAGAGCAUGGGAGCAGCUGUUGAGAGUCGGCGUCGACUUGCUCGUGGACCUCGAAGUGGCAGUACCAUUGCUGAUGGCCAGGCUGGAGGCCAAUCCAUGUUGCCACUGGAGGAUCAUCGGGUGGUGAGCACUGACUACCAGGCUGCCGGGACACAAGCAUUGAUGAGAGUGACCCUCUUGGCAGCGGGGUUUGUGAUCGGAGCCAGGGGAAUAAGUGUCAGGUUGAUUGGGCAAGUCACAGGCGCAAUCGUGCAAUCUUGGACUGAAUCUUGCCGGCCUGAUUCAAUUCCCAUUCGGUUGUUCCGUAUUCAAGGGAAGAAGGCUGUGGUACAGACAGCAGUCGCCUUAAUUGAACAAGCCGUGGUCAAGUACAAGGAUCUUUGCGAGUGCAAGCGCCGUGGAGAAUUCGUGCAACGGGAACAUGUCAUCAACGGAGUGGAAUUUUAUUACCAGCCACCACCACGCAAAGCAUUCGCUAACAACGGCAAUGAGCUAUCACCGAAGGCAGAAGAUGGCCCAGGAGUGCAGCUUAAAAAUCACUGGGCGACCGCUGCAUCGUUUCCUCCACACCAUGUCUGGUUGCAACAUUUGCAGGAGCAGCAGCAGCACCAAGCGCAAACCGUGGCUGCUCAACAACAGAAACAACAGGCUCACUUAUCUCUGCUCGAAGCGUCUCAGGGGCAAGUUGUGAAGGGGGAGAAUGGAGUGGAUUGCCGUGGCCAGGACCCCAGCGACGUUGGUCAUCAAUCGCAAGUCUUCUUCGACUGGCAACCCAAGGUUGAGAGACAGCUGAUAGGGUUGCAGAGCCCCGACUUGGAUCGCUCCACCGAGUUCGUGUCGGAAUUUGAGCUCCUCGAUCAUGGGCUGCAACAAUCGGUCGCCUCUUUAGAGCAGGCUUUGCAGCAAGUUCGCCUCGAGCAGCACCUCCUCCAACGCAAGCGGACAAUGGGCAACAACAACAACAACAACAACAACAUGACCAAUUGCAACAACAAUGACAGCGCCAGCCACCUCCACUGCUACCAAGGCCAGAAAUUGCUCAAUCACAAAAACAAUCAGAUCGAAAACAACGGUCUUUGGCCAGAAACGACCUCAGAUUCCCCCGGGGGUCAGCAAUCAACUGCUGCAUCAACGGCCUUUCAUUUAGGUCCUAGCUUGUUCUUUUUUGAGGAUGGGGGGUUGCCACUCCCAAUUUCACCGACAGAAGUCAGAUCCGUCGCAGAUAACAAUUGUAUAUUCAUGGACGCCACCCCUUGCACGCCGUUUGAUUUUCCUCACAAUGAUUUUCUACGUGACAGCCUGCCGAAUUUUCCUCGGGGUGCUGCUCGUAAGAUCCCGGAGUGCAGCUUGUAUGAGGCUUCUCCCUUGCUGGAAAAUGCUGAUGUCAGCCUCUGUAUUGUUUGCAUUGAACAUCAGGCCAGUGUUCAACUCAUGCCUUGUGGACACAACUUGUUUUGCUUCUCUUGUGUGGGAGGUCUGCUGACCUGCCCUCUCUGCCGUCAGCCCAUUGUAGCCCUCCACCCUCGUGGCUCGAACCCCUUGACGCCGGAAGUUGUCGGCCUUCCCAACGAUCUCAACGUCUCCAGCCACAGUGAAUGGAACAAGGUUCCGGGUGCAUGAAUUUAAGGUUGGUAGCACAACCACCGCAGGCAGCCUGUCUCAUUGCUCCAGCAUAUUUGAAGGUUGUGCUAGUUUGGACUUGUGAUGGAUCGAGGAGGCUUUGUUUGUUGGCAUUAUUGCAGCUUCCCCCAGAUUUUAGUUCUUCCUCACAAACAUGUUGCACCCUCGGUCUGUGCCGUUGAGGGAAUAGGGGCCAAAUCUGAUGCGGAUACAGCAUGUUGUUCACGACAACGAAAACUGUUCAUCGGCACACAUUGACGUGCCCUUAUGCAAGAAGGUAACACUUGGUAGGAAUUGUGGACUUCAAGGUGGGGAGUGAAUUGUGGAGCUUGUGAGGCUGCGGAGACGAUGGGCAUGUUUGGUACAAAAAACACGUGAAGUUGGGUUGCAACUGGUUACAUCUUUUGAUUGCAGGGGCGUACAUAAUCACCAGGUCAGAACAGGUACAAGGUGUGGCUGUCGGACCAAGAUAUAGUUUAGAGGCUUGUUGCUCAGAGUUUAUAAUCCACAGCAGGCGUCUUUCGAUCUGAAUUUCUGAUAAUAAUCACAUUUCGGUAGGCCUUUGAGUUGUUUAUCUAAUUUAGGUGAACUCUGGAGCACAAUUUCUAAUACAAGGACACACCAAACCACCUGGAAUUGGAGCAGCUAUGCUAUCGGCUCUUUUUGGUUUGUCGAAUUCGUAAUAAUAAGAAUAAAGCGUUGGAGGAGGUCGUUAUUUGUGGUGAUGUUCUGGGCAGUUUAGGUCUCGAUGUCUUUUGCAGAAAUGGACAGAUAAAAUGAGAUGUGAUCAGAUUCUUGCAUGCAUCCAAAUAAAGCUUUAUUGUUUCAACUCAAA